AUGGUAGAACUUAAUGUUGACUGUCUUAUUUUAAUUUUUAACGAACUACAAACUGAUAAAGAAUCUUUAUAUGCUUGUCUUUUAGUUAAUAGAGAAUGGUGUCAUUUAGUCGUUCCUAUAUUAUGGAAAAAAUAUUCAUGGUAUUAUGAUUAUGAAGAAUCCGAAAAAAAGCUUUUCAAUAUAAUAUUAUCUAGUUUAUCAUCAUCCUCAAAACAACUUUUAUCUGAUAAUGACAUUAAAUUACCUUCAACAAUUUUUUUAAAACCCUUAUUAUUUAAUUAUAUCAGUUAUUGUAAAUUUCUAGAAGUUGAAAUUAUAGAUAAAAUCAUAAAUAUGGUUUUUGAAGAAGAAAUUAUUACGGAAAAUAUUUAUGAUAAAAAAAAUCUUUUAGAACAAGAAAUUUACAAAUUAUUUAUCGUUCAAUGUAAAAAUAUUAAAGAAUUAUCAUGGCAAACUUUACAACCUUUAUCAUUAUUUCCAGGAGCUUCGAUAUGCUUUUCUCAAUUAUAUAGUUUAAGUAUUGAUAUUGAUUUUGUAAAUUCUGACGCUCUUUAUGAGAUGACAAAAAUUUGUAAAGAUUUGAAUGAAUUAACUGUAUAUGAUUGCUCUCAAGAUCAUCCUGGAUUAAUUUCUUUAAUCGACGUACAGAGAAAUUUGAAAAGGGUAUCACUUUAUUCUUACAGUAAAAAAGGUAUUUGUAAAGAGUUGAGCAAAGCAUUAACAAGAAAGGGGAAUACAAUAAGCGAUCUCGGUUUAUACCCAGUUAGCAUCAUUCAACCUUCAUUUUUAACAUCUCUUAUUAAUUUAAGGAAUAUGUCAAUUUAUAAUUAUCAUAAUGAUAAUAUCGAAAAAGAGAUUUUAGAAUUUCAAAAAUAUCUUGCAAUUUCAGAAUUUCCUAAACUACAAUCUCUUAAUGUUUACGGUUUAUCAAGUUUUAGAGAAUUGGCAAUAUUAAUUGAAAAAACAAAAGGAAAUAUUUUAGAAAUUUAUAUUUAUAUUUAUAAUAAAGCUGCAGAAAAUACAGAAAUGUUAAUUAAAGCAAUUGCUAAUAAUUGCUCAAAAAUUGAAAGGUUAUCUACACAUCUUGAGCCAAAAGAUUUCAUUCAUGUAAAAUCAUUAUUAUUAAAUUGUAAAAAUUUGAUACAUUUAGAAUUUAAUAGUUUGAGUUUUUUGUUAAGUGAAAAUGAUAAUACCGGGGAUGAAUUAUUAGAUAAUUUAACUGAAUUUGCUCCAAAAUCUUUGGCUGAAAUAAUAAUUAGCGGAGAUUGGAAGUAUUCAAUUGAUGCUUUAGAAAGAUUUUUUGAAAGUUGUAGAGAACGAAAUUUAAAUCGUUUCGAUAUUACUCAUUAUGGUAGAUAUUAUAUUACGGAUGACCAUAAAGUAACAAUUAGAAAAUAUAUUAACGAAGGUGUAAUAAUAGAAUCAAAUUGUGCAUAA